UCCCCUCAGGUGUGGAUAGAUGCUGGGACCCAGAUUUUCUUUUCCUACGCCAUCGGCCUGGGGGCCCUCACGGCGCUGGGCAGCUACAACCGCUUCAACAACAACUGCUACAAGGACGCCAUCAUCCUGGCACUCAUCAACAGCGGGACCAGCUUUUUUGCUGGCUUUGUGGUCUUCUCCAUCUUGGGCUUCAUGGCCGCAGAGCAGGGUGUGCACAUCUCCAAGGUGGCGGAAUCAGGCCCUGGCCUGGCCUUCAUCGCCUACCCCCGGGCCGUCACGCUGAUGCCUGUGGCCCCGCUCUGGGCUGCCCUGUUUUUCUUCAUGCUGCUGCUGCUCGGCCUGGACAGCCAGUUCGUAGGUGUGGAAGGCUUCAUCACUGGCCUGCUCGACCUCCUCCCGGCCUCCUACUACUUCCGUUUCCAAAGGGAGAUCUCUGUGGCCCUCUGCUGUGCCCUCUGCUUUGUCAUCGACCUCUCCAUGGUGACUGAUGGCGGGAUGUAUGUCUUCCAGCUAUUUGACUACUACUCCGCCAGCGGCACGACCCUACUCUGGCAGGCCUUCUGGGAGUGCGUGGUGGUCGCCUGGGUGUACGGAGCUGACCGGUUCAUGGACGACGUCGCCUGCAUGAUCGGGUACCGACCUUGCCCCUGGAUGAAAUGGUGCUGGUCCUUCUUCACCCCACUGGUCUGCAUGGGCAUCUUCAUCUUCAACGUGGUGUACUACAAGCCGCUGGUCUACAACAACACCUACGUGUAUCCGUGGUGGGGCGAGGCCAUGGGCUGGGGCUUCGCUCUCUCCUCCAUGCUGUGUGUGCCCCUCCACCUCCUGGGCUGCCUCCUCAGGGCCAAAGGGACCAUGGCUGAGGUCAGUCGCCCGUACCGCCUCUCCACUACGUGCCUCCCUCCUCCCUUGCACCGGGUCAAGGCAUCACCUCCAAAGGGC